GCCAACAGCGACGAGGGGGAGGUCCCUACUUUGUGUGUGAUUCUCUAGAGAACCCACACUGUUAGCUAGCCUUGUAAGUGGCAGUUCUGCUGAGAAACAACAUGGAGACAGCUGGAAAGGUAAGCAUGCCUCAGAUGCUGAUGUAUCAAAAUGAUGUACUGUGGUUGUGUAGUAAUUGAAAUUGGAUUGACUUUUGUGUUUUCCGCCUGGAGGGAAUGUAACAGAACUAAAGAAAGAAACAAGGUGGGGUUUGAACAUGCAGUGACUGGUUUAACAAUCGGUUUGGCCUUUGCUUACAGUUUCACAAUCCACAAUGGAUUUAUGAAAGAACUUGGAGUAAACAUUUGUGUUUCUUUGAGGACUUCAAAUGUUGGUACUUCUUGAGGAUAACAUAAACUGUCUGCACAAGAUUAGAAAGCGGUCAAAGUUUGUCACGAUGACAGAUUUAUGGUUCUGUUCUUUGAGCCUUCUGGGAAAACUGAAUGUGACAAUGAUUAAUGUGUUUGCAGGCCACAUUAAAAGGUGUGAUUUAUUUUUUCUUGCAUUUGUAUAGUCAAAGUUGCCUUCACUUUUGGCUGAAUUGGUCAAAACAUCCAGUGGGUUGACAUUAGUAAAACCAGGUCUGCUGAAGCUAUUUGGUGUUGUGUUGAAGGUGAUCCGAUGCAAAGCUGCCGUUGCAUGGAAGGCUGGGGAACCUCUUGCAAUUGAGGAGGUGGAAGUGGCACCUCCUAAAGGACAAGAGGUCCGCCUCAAGGUGAGGAAUCAAUUACACCCACUUUCACAAAAUUUCUGCCAUAAAAAAAUAUUCCAGACCUUUGAGACAAUCUUUACACCCAACAUUUCUUGGAAAUCUGUUAUUUUGCUUAUUUAUUAGAAUAUUUAAAUGCAUAGGUGAUGACUGGAGAAGCAGAUUUGAAAAAAAGCGUCCCACCCCCCCACACACGAACCUCUCCUCCCCUCUGUGCUCCAUGAUACCCCCCCGCCCUCCCCACGACACCCCCUCUGACAGACAAGAAGAGCAAGUAACUGGCUGGCAGAUGAUCCUACGCUAGCUUCAAAAAGGAUUCACCAUGUCAGAAUGCUAGUGACUAGCAGCAUUGAAUGCCAGCUCUGCUAGCGCGCACCAUCUGCAGCUGCCUGGACAGCUACCGUGUUGACAUUGCAGAGACUAAUAAGAGUUAUUUAUGUAAAAUGUGCCACGAUAAGUAGCAAAAAUUACCUGUUCAACAAAAAUUCUGCUGUCUCGGCAUCUGUUUUCAGGCCCAAAACCUGGCGGAUCUUUCUCCACCGCUUGAAGGAUGACCCAAUGUUUUUUCGAGUUAGAUUCCUCACUUGGUCACAUUUCCUCUUUGACUCUGCUCUUUGUUCUGUCGGCUUACGUUUUCUUAUCACUUCUGGCGGUGGGGCACGCAGAAGUCAUGUUUUUCCCAUCCUUCUUUAUCACAGCUCCUGAAGCUAAGCUGCUACACUGCAUUUAGCCACUCAGAGCUCGGAGGGGGCAAGUAGAGUGGGAGGGGAUGAGUCAGAACUACGAGAGAGGGGUGUGUCGAAUACAGCGAGGUAAUUGGAUGGAGAGGCGGAGCAGGAGAUUUACCAAUAGGAGCUGUCUGGGACAGAUGGCUCCCAUCGGUCAAUGUAUUUGCAGCCCUGCACCUGCUAUGGUGAACUGAUUUUUUCCAUUCUUUCUUCUCUUCUCUUUGUGGAGAUCGCACUAUAGGACCAUUAUCACCAUAUAAACGAGGUUCAUAAUAAUUACCAAUAUCUCCCAUUGUCAACCAUGCCUUUAAGUACCUUUGACUUAAGAUCCAUGAACUGACUCAUUCCUAUAGACUACAGUGGAUAACUCUUCAAAUGUCCUUUAUUUUAGAUUGUGGCCACAGGGAUUUGUCACACUGACUCCUAUACACUUAGUGGCUCUGAUCCUGAAGGAGUUUUUCCUGUUGUGCUGGGCCAUGAAGGAGCUGGCAUCGUCGAGAGUGUUGGAGAGGGAGUCACCAAGUUUCAGCCAGGUUCUCUCUCUCUUCUGUUCUACUGACAGGACUGACCAGACUGUGACUGUUCAAACAUAAAAUACUGUUUGUGUUUUAGGAGACACGGUCAUACCACUGUAUAUUCCACAGUGUGGAGAGUGCAAGUUCUGCAAGAAUCCCAAGACCAACUUGUGUCAAAAGAUCAGGUAGAUAAUAAUGAUUUGAGCAUUCUAAAACUAUGCAGACCAGCUUCUAAAAACAGAAGUUAUCCUUUGAGGCUCAUUAAUCUCAGAACAAGACUGACUUGAGAAUGCAUCCUGUUCUUCAGGCUCACUCAGGGCAAAGGAUUGAUGCCAGAUGGGACAACCCGUUUCUCCUGCAAAGGCAAGAGCCUUUACCACUUCAUGGGGUGUAGCACUUUCUCUGAGUACACAGUAGUGGCUGACAUCUCCCUGGCCAAAGUGGACCAUACAGCCCCUUUAGACAAGGUAUGUCUGCUGGGCUGUGGCAUUACCACUGGAUAUGGAGCCGCUUUGAACACAGCCAAGGUGAGUCAGCUUCCUCCCCAGAUGUUACUGUGCUAUUUUCAGCCAAUCAUUUAUCAUUUUCUAUCAUCAUUCACCAUUCCCUCAGCAGAGGAAAUGUUGAUGGAAGAAGAAGAAAGCCCGCUUACUGUUAUUGUAGUUGCAUCAAUCCAUGAAUUAGCCCUGAGCAAGAGGAUAUGAUUGUGAGGUGUAAGUGAAGCGGAAGAAAAAAUCAUUGAUCAAUUCAGGCUGGAUUUUUUGAAUGAGGGGCAAACAGAUCUUAUCUUGGUAAUUGCAACCUCAUGUCCCUUUACUUGUUCCAUAUUUUUUACCAAAAGCUUUUAGGCUCUGACCAUGUGUAAGAUUAUAAAUUGACCAUCCAAAAGCAACUCAAAGGGUUGGCACUUUUGGCCAGUCAACUAUUUAAUACUCCAUCACUGAUAUUUUAGCAAAUAAACAUGGCACCCAGAGCAGAGGAUGAAGCACACUAACUUCUGGGAUGACCUAAGCCUAAUUUUUGCUUUAAAAUGUUCUAAUGGACUUUUCAAAUGGACUUUUCAAAUGACUGCAAAUGAUCUUAAUGACGCUUAUGAUUGGUUAACCUUUCAAGUUGUUCCAGCAUUUCGUUCUAUUAUCUUGUGUCUACAUAAAUAAUGAUACUCCAACAGCAACUGUGCUUCUAUUGAAUGUUUGAAAAAUGUUGAAAUCCUAGCAUAGAUGAUAGUAAGAUUAACAAAGAUGAUAACAAUUCAUAUUUGUAUAUUACAUUGUUAGAUUGAUUUAGUUAUCAUGACUCAAGCAUAUGACAAAGGGCAUUGUCAUGCCUUUGUGACAAUGAUUUCUUUUUUUUAGCAUGGAUUUAAUGAGCCCAUUUUAAUUAAUAAACCUACAGUGAUCACGUUAACAAGAAAAAAGAAGCAAGAAUGGCAAAGUGUGUAUUAAUACAAGGCAAAACUUCUAUUCUUUUGUUGUUUUCACUCUUGUUUUUCCCUCGCAAUGAUGAAUAGCUGCAGUAAGAAGAACAUGUACCUGUCUCUACUGUCUUCCACUCUGCAGGUGGAGGUCGGCUCAACCUGUGCUGUGUUUGGCCUCGGGGCUCUGGGUCUUGCAGCAAUCAUGGGCUGUAAAGCAGCUGGAGCCUCCAGGAUUAUUGGAGUUGAUCUCAACCCAGACAAGUUCAAAAUAGCGCAAGAGUUUGGUGCCACAGAUGUGGUGAACCCCAAGGACCACAGCAAGCCAAUACAAGAGGCCCUGGUGGAGAUGACAGAUGGAGGAGUGGACUAUUCAUUUGAAUGUGUGGGCAAUGUAGCAGUCAUGGUAAUUAUGACUUCAUGAAAUUUACAUGACAUUUAUAGUCUUGUGAGAUGCUGUCCAUCUCACAUAUUAAAUGAACACUCUGUCUGCUUAAUGACAAGAUGAAAUGUGAUAGUCUGUCAGUGGAUGAUAAACAGAGCUUUAAAAAGAGUAGCAGUACAGCUUGAAAUUAUAAUUAAUUCUGUUCAUAAAUCACAUAAAUAAUGUGACUAUGCUAAAUGUAAUUCUUGACAGGCUGGAAAACUCUUUAAGCAUCAGUAGAGACAGCAUGAGUUUCUAUGAAAAGGCUACUCUUACGAUAGGCUAAACCCAAUUAACCAGUGUUGACAUAUGUAUGGGUUAGGUUGUGGUAGUUCCCAAAUGCUGUGGUAGAGAGUUCUUACAGAGUGUUUUGGUGGCAGAGGGCAGCUCUGGAGGCCUGCCAUAAGGGAUGGGGCACCAGCAUCAUCAUUGGAGUGGCAGCAGCCGGACAAGAGAUAUCGACCAAACCCUUCCAGCUGGUGACUGGCCGCACCUGGAAAGGCAGUGCAUUUGGAGGUAAGCCAGUUAUUUAAAAUGCUGAUGUUCAAACUAGUUUGACAGGUAAUUUACAAUGAAUAUUAUUCAGUGAGCAUCAUAGCUAACAACUAUGGCUAAAAAUACUCUCUAAUCUGAUCUUUCACCGUUCAAGAUAAAAUAGAACAAAGCUCAGCAGCAGGAAAUUUCUUUCCUCAUUAACAUUUUGUGUCAUCACUGACAGAGACAAAGUAUUAUGAAGAACUUCCACAUCCUAAAGCUUCUCCGAAGAACUUCCAUUAAGUGCUAAUUUUGGCAACUCCUGUAGAUAAAGCAGUUUCUGCUUAUCUGCUUAUCGUACAGUCUACUGACAAAAAAAUCUCUUCCUGCUGAUUUUUGACGGUCCAGUGCAUCAUUUAUUGAGAAUAUUUUAUGUCAAAAAUGUAAAACAAAAAAAUUUAAGAUGUAUGACACAAGAUGUAAUGCAUUUAUGGAAGUACAGCAUUGUUGCAAAGCUGUGCAUAUGCCAUGGCUGCCUUUUUGUUGCUCUGAGUCUUUGAGUGCUGAAGUGGCCUGCUAAGAGCUCGAACUCUGAAGGUAGGUUGAGUGCUCAUGACCAGGGCACAGUUAUGUUGGAGUGGUGGCUUCAGAAUGAAAAUGACAUUUUGUAUGCCACUGAAGUCGAGACUCUUGAGUUUUGAUGGAAUUAUGAUAAGAAUCUGUUAAGACAUCUGUUUUUGUCCUCAGGAAAUGACUCUUAACUCAUGAUAUUUGUGAAGUAAGCAUCUCUUGUGCUUUGUUUGGCAGUUGCUGGCCAACAAGAGAUUUCUUACAUUUAUAACUAGGAGGGUUUAAAAGUUAAACGCUGCAUCUGCCAAGGAACAACCUAACAAAGCUGUACGCAUUGUUGUAGAUUUUUGGCAUGUUCCAUUGUGAUUUUAUGUUUUUUUUUGUUUUGUUUAAAGGACAAAAGAAUUAUAGCUGAAUUAGUUUUGGAUGCUUACCGUCACAAGCCAAAAAAAAAGAAAAAUAAUACAGAGAAAAGAGUUCUUCUACCAUAAAACACAGACACACUCCUAACAUCAAUGUUUUGUUACUUUAGACUGAAUCUACCUAGCAUUCCUCUGGUUCACCUUUGCAUUGUGGGCUUAACUUUCAGAAACUAGAUCUCAUUCGAGUUUUGCUUUUUCAAUAUAAAGUUUUUCCUUUAAAAAAAUAACAGUCUUUCUCAAAUUAAGGUCUGAUUUUACACUGACAAACAGCUUUGAUCACCUGGACAGCACUUUACAUCCCUCUCUUCAAUGACUCAUUUAUAUUUUUCCUACAGGCUACAAGAGUGUCCAAAGUGUUCCCAAACUUGUGGAGGAUUACAUGAACAAGAAGCUCAAAGUUGAUGAGUUUGUGACUCACACUCUGCCCUUUGAGAACAUCACUGAUGGUUUUAAUCUAAUGCAUGCUGGGAAAUGGUAAGCUCUCGCCUGAGUUACAUUUUUGAAGUUGUUUGUUAUGUAAAUGUGUGUACAGACUCGGUGUCCCUCUGGAUUCUGUCUGUCGUGCUCCCUCUGCAUCACUGCUGCCCUCUGUUGAGGACGAAGUCUAGAUGUGUUCAGAUCUGAGGCAGGAUUUUAAAAUACUUUGUGCAGUGAGGGACAUGUCUUCAAAUAUGGCACCAGCUAAAACUGACAACCAUAUUAUUUAUAUACUAUUGUAAAAUGUAUGUGUAUUUAUAGUCUGUAUGAUGUUAAACUUGAUUCUUUUAUCAUCUUUCAGUAUCCGGGUUGUCCUUCACUUCUAGAUGUUCGAGGGGCACAGGAAAAAACAUGGUCUAAUACAAGGUUUACCCUGCUCACAUAAAUAAUUUUUCAAAGUCAUUAUUCGGGUCUGUUUUAUUUUUUUUUAUUUGAGCAAUGCACAAACAAGUCUUUACCCUCCCCAUCGCCCCACCAGCUCAAGAAGUACUCAAACACAGAGAGAACAUUGUGCAAAGGAAACCAGGGGAAUGAAACCAAGAUUAUUUUUGAAACAUCUUUGAUCUACAUUAGUGCAUGAAUAUGAAUAAUAAAAGCAUCCACCAACAACUAAACACCCAAGCAUUUGGUUUUUAUCAGGAGAAUUUUUGAGUCAUUCUUUUAAUAACACAUCCAAACCUGAUAAACAAAUGUGUACAGAAAAUGUGUAAAGAAAAUGUGCACAAGAACUGCAGAUAAAGUAAAACUAGUAUGCAAUUUUGCUCUACUGCCUGCUCCAUCCUAUAUCAUGAUCUCUUCUGGUUUGGAUGAGCAUACUUUUUUUUUUUUCAGUUCCAAGGAAGGGCACAGUCAAAAGUCUAUAACAACCAAAAUUGCAUUCUGUUUCAUUUUGAGGUGAUGAGCAUGUACAACAGCUGGAUCAUACAACCAGUGAAAUACCAAAGCAUGCAGCCUUGGUGAAAGUUUAUUUUAAAGUAUUUCACAAAUGCCUGGCACUUUAAAUUAGGUAGACACCAUAGUCUAAAUUUACACAGUGUGGGAAAAAGCUGUAAUGAAUUCCAGUCAUCAUUGCUUUUCAAGAUAGAAUUACUGAAAUGGUCUUAUUACAGAAAAUCUUGCUUACACAAAAAAAAUGAAUUUUCCAGGGCUUUAUAUUACAAUACUAAUAAUCUUUAUUUAUUGAGUACUUUUUAAGAUCUCAAUUACAAAGUACUUUACGGGGCAGGGAAAAAAAUGCUAACUUAACAAAUUUAUGAAGGGAUCAACCAACUUGGAUCAUAAAACCAAAACCAUAUUUGAAACAUAAAAUCAGUUCACUGUAAAAGACAUUUCAACUCAGGAAAGGCUCUCCUAUAAAAGUAAGUCUUCAGACUUAAAUGAGUGCACUGAAUCAGCCAACUUUAUUUCUUUGGCAGAUCUUUCCAAAGUUUAGUAGCCUGGACUGAAAACACUCUGUUCCCCUUUGUUUUCAACCAAGUGUCUGCCACAGCAAGCGAGCCUUUACUGGAGGAUUUUUAAGUGCACACUGGAUUGUAGAGAAUUUAAAGAUUGGUGAUAUAACUUUGGCAAAGACCAUUAAGAGUUUUAGAAGUAGUUGAUAAAAUCUUGACAUCAAUCCUAAAACGUAUUGGCAGCCAAUGUAAAAAUGCUAAAACAGGCAUUACCCUUCAACUGGUGCAAGAGUAAAACAGGCAUAAUAAAAGCCUGGCAGCUGAGAUAUUAGUGAAGACUGAGAAAGCAUACCAUGGGUGAAAUCUCCUAUCUUUUACUGAAAGCUGGUUGAAUCAAAACUUCUCGGUGUGUAUCUACCUGGCUUCACUUUCAUAAUGUUAGACAGAGAUGCUAAAGCUCUCUUUGGCUUCAAGUUUCAUUUGAUUGGAAUCUGGUGGACUCACUGGAGGAUGUGAUGGAGAGAUGCACACUGAAGAAGGUAGAGAACAUGGAUCAUCACUUAAUAACACCUUGUCCUUGGGCAAGACACUUGACCCCACCUGCUCUCACUGGCUGUGUGAAUGGGAUUAGUCAAACACUGAUGGCCUCUUUACAUAGCAGCCUCUGCCAUCAGUGUGUAAAUGAGUGAGUGUGAUGUAAUGCAAAAGUGCCUUCAGUGAAAACUAGAGAAAGUGAUCAACAUAGUACAUUUCCUAUAAAGGGAUAUUCCGGUGUAAAAUUAAGCUAGGGUCAAACACCGUAACACCGAGUUAGACACGCCCACGAGAGAUGAAUGUUGCCGACUGCUUGCUUCUUUAGUUAUAUCAACUUUAGUAAUGACCGUACAAUAGCGAUACACAGUGGUCUAAGGACCCACGCAUAAACCUCAACCAAAAAGCCACUCUAUAGCCACAAAUGAUGCUCAGAACAGCACCUAACUUCAUCAACAGUACAUAUAGGGUCCCAGCCAUAGUACUAGCCACCAAACACCUUUUUAGCUUUGCCUGAUUUCUUUAGCAAAGAGACUCACCCACUCUCUUCCAGCAGCCGCUUGUUUGUAUGGAGACCUCCGGGUGACCCACCUGGCUUGUUUGUAUGGAGACCCACCCUGCUGCAGUCAGUGGACUGCAACAGGGUGACGCAGCUCAAGGAAGAAUAUUUAUGAUAAUUUCUUCAUGGAAAUGCAAUCAGACCUAGAUGCUAAGGCAGAAGAACUGCUGCGUCUGCAGUGCAAAAUGAUUAAUAUGAUGAUUAAUACUUCAAGGAAGUGAAGUAAUGAUCAUAAAUGUUAGACUGCUGUGUAUUGCUAACUGUGGUCAUUACUUAAGUUGGUAUAACUAGAGAAGCAAGCUGUCAGCAACAUUCAUCUCUCAAGGGGGUGUCUAACUCGGUGUUAUGGUGUGUUUGACCCUAACUUAAUUUCAUGCCAGAAUAUCCCUUUAACAAACACUUAUAUUAUUAUAAUUGUAUCGUUUUUCAUAAAAUUUAGUCAAGAUAUGCCAUUAAAAAACCCAGUUUAUCACUCAAUUUUACAAAUUUCACUUACUUACAAUCUCUUUCUGCCAUGCUAAUACAAAAGGCUAUGGGCAUUAUUAUUAUUAUAGUUUACUGAUGUGCAGUGGGUUUUCAGAUAGUUUAAAAAACAUGAUGUUUACAGAAUUAUUUUUACAGAAGCAAAAGAAAUACAUAAGUUUAACUUUCAUUAAGUAAAUGUUAACUUAAGUACCACCUGCUUAUGCAUUUUGGACAAACACUGCAUAACAAUGUGUUUUAAAAAAAAAAAAAAGGCUUAAAUGCCUGAAGAUUUUCCUACAGUCAUUUCCAUUGACACAAGGCUUGUGAACUCACCCCAUUAGGGAAAGAAAUGACCAAUCAAUCAAAGGACAAAGUCACUCAAACAGAGCUACAGAAGAGUCAUUUAUUACUCCAUAAGAAGAAAUACAAAGAUGGCAGAGAAACUGAAACAAGUCAUCAGAAAAGUCUGGUAAAUCCAGAUAUCAAUGUAAUGGUGACUGUUAAGUUAAGGGUAAACAUCACCUAGCAUGCCUUUAUCUACCUGGCAAGUUUGAAUUUCACACAUUAAGGCUCAAUUUGCUACACCAGAGCUAUUGGAAACAGAAGACAUUUCAAGAAUUUCCAACAAGCUCAGCACUUGUACAACUAUUACAUUGUUUUUCUGACUCUGGAUAUCUGUGUCAAUACUUCGCAGUUAGCUGACAGUUCCCAAGCAACCAUGUCUGACAUCCACAGCUGUGUCAUUGUGCUAAUAGUAGCCACAUUCUAUUACAGUGAAGUUACUCAUCUGUUGAUUUAUCCAGCAGUAGCGCUCUAAGACAGCAAUGCUUGACAUGACACUACUUGAGCUAAGCUAACGGGCUUACAUAAACUGUACGUGAACUGACCAAUGACUUUUUUUUUUUCUUUCAAAACCAAAGUAGAUAUUAUCCCUGUCUUUAGAGGGGCCCUCAUAAUUUUACUCUGAAGUUAAGCCUCAAAUAAGAAGGUUAAUAAAAAUCUCAUAUCUUUUUUUGGAGGAGCAGUAAAGAAUUUCAGGGGCAUCUAGUGGUAGGAUUUUAGUUUGCAACCUGCUGAUAACCAUUUUCCUCACUCUCCUCUUCUAAGCCUGUAUAAUUCAUAGUAAAUCUAGUUCAAUGUCAAGGCCCACAUACAUGCAAAGUAGCAGACUCUGUGGACUCUGUAGAUAUAGUGAGCUUAUGUAAACUCAGUGAUCAUUUGUAAUAUUUAAUUAUAUAAUCAUAAUAAUAGCAUCCCUAUAAAUAUAUAAGCCAUCUCUGCUGGUAACUCUAACAGAUCCCCUGGAUCUUUAAAUGUGAAGCUACCACAAGAUGAUGUCCCUCAUAGCCUUGCUAAAACGUGAGUUAAGACUGAAUGAAGAAAACAACUACCCUGGCUCUGUCCCAAAGUUACAAGCACAAGCUGCAAGCACCCUUGGUAAUCCCUUUCUGUAGAUUUAAAUGUCGUUGGCUAUCUUGUUUGUUUAACCGACAUGAAAAUAUGGAAAAUAUUCCAAAUCUGUUGACAGGGUUAUAGACACACAGUAAGAACUAAUGAUAAUUUUGUAACACACUUGUACUGAACAGAUAAAUUAUAUUUAACUUGUGACAUUUUGGCUGCUGCUACAAGGAUUUCUUAAACUUUGGACUGAGCCACGCUAGCUUGGCUGUCUUUACACUCACUGUAAGCUGCACGCCAAAAGAAGAAUGAGUAUUUACUGCAGUUAAGAAGUUCAUCAUUGGUUGCAGCAGAUACUGAUAACCGCCAACCAAAAGGGUGAUGCAUUUAUUUUGUGCACACAAUGACACCUUAUUUAUACUUGCUGUAUAAAAGUGUGUUGAAGUGUUGGAAACAAAUAGCAGAGGUAUUACUGAAUGUCUAUAUUUUAAAUAAAAUACAUAGAUGAUAAUAUACAGUAGAGUCAAAUGCUGUUUGUCUGGUUCUAAUACAGGAGAGCUGUCAGUAAAUUCUGUUGCAGGGGAAACUUUGUGUUCUUUAAAGUAAAAAU